GGAUGCAGCGGGGAGCACUGAUUUACACCCCUGCUCCCCCCAUCCCGGGAUGCAGCAGGAGCGGGGAGUUCUGAUUCGCACCCCUUCUCCCCUCCAAGACUGGGAUGCAGCCGGAGUGCGGAGCACUGAUUUUUGCCCUGUUCCCCCAUCCCGGGGUGCAGCAGGAAUGGGGAGCUCUGAUUUACAUCCCGCUCCCUCCAAGACUGGGAUGCAGCAGGAGUGGGGAGCUCUGAUUCACAUUCCCGAUCUCUCCCAUCCCGGGAUGCAGCAGGAAAGGGGAGCUCUGAUUCACACCCCAUCUUCCCUCCAAGACUGGGAUGCAGCAGGAGUGGGAAGCACUGAUUCGCACCUCUGCUCCCCCCAUCCCGGGCUGCAGUAGGAACGGGGAGCACUCAUUUGCGCCCUGCUCCCCCCCGGGGGCUCCGGGAGGGACCUCUCCUCGCUGCUGCUUUAAAAGGGGCUCGUCAGCUGCAGAGGAGUGGAAACCCAUCCAGGAGCGCCUCCAUCGCCGGCUCCGCGUUGUUUGUUUUUCUUUUUUCCGUUCAGGGAGAGAGCGACGGUACCGACAGCAUCAACGAGAACCCCGCUCUGUCGCUUCCCCGGCCCCCCCGCAGCCGGCGGAGCCUCUCGGAGGGCCGAUCCCGUGCGGAUAACGCAGCGAGCUCCAGCGAUGCCGCCAGCAGGAAAGGGAUAACAGGGAUAACAGGGAUAACAGGCAGCACAUGAGCUGGGAAGAAGGAACGGAGAGAAAAGCCGCAUCCCCGCCUCCAAGGAUUUCCCACCGCCAAGAGGGGAAAACAAGGGAGGAAGCAAGAAUUUUACUGGGGGAGGGAGCUCAGGGAGCGCGCGGGAGCCCGUGCGACUGUCCUGCCGUACACGCGAGUAUUUAUUAUUUUACUAAUCCGUGCCUGGAGUGUCUCAAGGAGCGGGGCACUCCCCGAGGUGGGAAGAGGAGGGGGGCUGCUCUGAGGAUGCGCCGGGCGGGUCAGAGCAGCCGCGCUCUGCUCCAUCCCUCCCCGGCGAGGAUGCUCCAGGGGCGGGGAGGCUGCCCGGGGACCGCUGGUCCCCGGUGUCGAGAGGCGGGGAGCCCCCAAAUCCCUCCUUUUACACAUCUCUUUUUGUUUAUUUGGGGAUUUAUUGCGCUUUUGGCAGGGCGGCUGGGUGCUGCAGCUCCCGGGGGCCGGCGGGGGUGCGCAGGGCGGGGGAGGGAUGCGGAAUUACCGGCGAGGGCGGUGUUAGAGGGGGGAAUUCCCCUCCCACGCGUGGACCCGGCCAGUGAGAGGGGAGACCCCCACACCCCCGCCCGAGAAGCCGCCUCCCUGCGCACCCCGGCUGCGUUUCCCAGGCUCUCCCGGCUGUUUGCAGCUUUCAGGCCGCAUCUGCAGCUCCGCAGCAUCGCGCUGCGUUUUACCCUGGGGAUGAAACUCCUUCUCUCAGCGGGGGAGCGGCAGUGGGCGAGAAAUCCCGCGGGUGAAGGGGAACUUUCAGGGAAAUUCGGGCGUGGGGAGGCGGAGGCAUCGCCAGGGCCGGGUGCUGCUGGGGGACACCCCGGAGCUCGGCUUUUACCUCUUCCCCCGCCAGGUAAAAAUCCCAGCAGGCUCGUGGGAGCUGCGCUGUUGGGAUAUCUCUCUUUCAAGGAGAAAGGAUCCCCCUCAGGCCUCUUCUUCCCUGCCCCGGAGAAAAGAUGCUUCACGGAACAGAGGCUCCCGAAGGUCUCAGCCUGCGGGGGGACUGGGGAUACAGGCGACGCCUCCAACUGCAUCGGAAUCCCUCGGGGCCUCGGAUUAAAGCUGUUACGUCAGUGAAUUAAAAAAAAAAAAAAAUCCAACAACAGAAAACACAGCCCCAAACCUGGACGUUUAUACAGAAAAAGAGCAUCACAAAUUCCUAAUAGCUAUGAAGCAGGGACAGAGGCAGAGCGAGCUCCUUCAGGCAGGGCUGGGAGCUGAGCUCGCACAAACAGCUCCCCGGUGGACUCGUCCCACGUUCUUGCACUGCCCCGUCCCUUCGCUCGGCUCCGAGGGGGAAGACGCGGAGCUGGGAGCCCGCCGGCGAUGAGCCACAUCUACGGCAGCCACCUCUCCCCCCUGGGCAGCCCGUCCAUGGUUUACCUGCCGGCCGCGCUCGGCUUCGCCCCCGGGGGGGCGAUGUCCCGGCAGGACCCCCCGCAGAAACCCCCCUACAGCUACAUCGCCCUCAUCGCCAUGGCCAUCAAAGAGGCUCCGGAGCAGAAGGUGACCCUCAGCGGCAUCUACCAGUUCAUCAUGGACCGCUUCCCCUUCUACCACGACAACAAGCAGGGCUGGCAGAACAGCAUCCGCCACAACCUCUCCCUCAACGACUGCUUCGUCAAGGUGCCCCGCGAGAAGGGGCGGCCCGGCAAGGGCAGCUACUGGACUCUGGACCCGCGGUGCCUGGACAUGUUCGAGAACGGCAACUACCGCCGCAGGAAGAGGAAGCCCAAAGCCGCGGCCCCGCCGGACGCCAAGGGUGGCGAGCAGCCGGGGCCACCCGCUCGCCCCGUCGAGCCCAAGCGGGCCAAGGGCAGCGCGGCGGCAGCGGCGGCCCCGGGGGACGCGGGGGUCCCGCGGCCGGGCGGGGGGACAGCGGCUUCCCCCGGCGGGCCGCCCCCGCUCCCCGCCGCCGCCGCCGCCCCGCCGCACAAGAGCGGCCCGCGGGGUCGCAGCUUCAGCAUCGAGAGCAUCCUGGCGCAGGGGCUGCGGCCGCCGCCCCCCGGGGCAGCCCCCAAGGCGGCCCGGGAGAGCCCCGCCGGCUGCCUCGGCGGCUCUCUGGUGGCCAGCGGCGGCUUCGGGCCGGCCCUCAACGCCUCUCUCAUGCUCGACUCCCAGGUGCACGGGAGGCUUUACCACAUCGGCAUCCCCUUCCUCUCCUGCUUCCCUCUGCACUUCUCCGAGGCGGUGUUUAAUUUCCAGUAGUAGCCCCACAAUUAACGCCCCGCGGCCCCGAGCGCUGCUCCGGGGGGCGCGAUGGGAGGGAGAGAUCGGACUCAGACCUCACCACGGGGGUAAAGACCUAAAAAAAAAACCCCAAAGCGAUGUUUUAAAGGUGACUCAGGAUUUCAGGGCAUUUUCAAGGCGCGUCUUGCUGCGGACUCUCUUUAGCGGUUGCCUCCCACCCCCUGCCAGAGCGACUUUUGAAGGUAAAGCGGCUUUGUUUUCCCGUGGGCGGUGGAGGUCGAGGCAGGCACGGGGGGAAUGCCCACGCUGGCCCCCAAGCCCCGUGGGGUUUGCUCUGCACCUUUAGUCUUUGCAUCCCUCAGGUUCCUCAGACCAGGUUUUUCUGGAGCCCUUCAGGUCUCUGUUUUCUUCUUUUAUUUUCCAUUUGAAAACCAAGCCCCAUCCCGGGGGGAGGAGGCUGAGAUUUGUUUUGCCAUGAAUACCCACAGGUAUUAAUAAUGCCCAGAAUUUUGCCAUGAAUACCCACAGGCACAUAAUAAUUCCUGCUAUUCCCCACUGGCCUGGUCCUCCCGGUGGGGAAGGGCAGGUAACUGGAGCUGAACUAAUGGCAGAUCAAGCAACCCAGGCUCAUCCUGCACAUUCCUGCUUGCUUUGAUCCAGCACGGUGUGGAACUGGUUUCCUGCCCAGCGCUGGUGCUUUGGAGUAUCCGCACAGAGUUUCUCCUCAUGGAUGUGGCCAAAAAGAGGGGGAUGGAUGAGCAAACAUGGAGAUUUGUCUGCUUUCCAUAUCUUGCUAGGAUCAGUUGCUUCUGACCAAAAAAGACUGAGGCAGGGUUGUGGAGGCUGGGACAAAUACCAGGGGAAAAAAAAAAAAAAAAGAGACAUCAGCUAUGUUUCUAAAGUUUUCUUUUUUCAUGAAGAAGGAAGAAUCCUGACACAUUGCAAGAAAUCAGGAAUAUUUUGUAUUUUUGUUUGCCAUAAAUAGAGGCUUUUUGUAUAUUAGUGGAUAAAUGCCCCUUUGGAAAAUAAAUUUAUAUUCCCAAUUUUCAUUAUGAAACCAAACCUAUAUCCAAUAAAGGUAUUUUUGUUCA